AUGAGUUUUUCGGGCUCGAAGAAUUCAAGAGAACGUUCCCUCUCGCCUGUUUCAGACACUGACUCGAGCACAGACUCAUACCAUGGAUCCCCGCUUGACAACCAACAAAAGAAGAUUGUCUCGGCGUCCAUAAGUGAGUCUUAUUCUAUGGCCAUGCAGGUUAUGGUGACGGGAGCAAUUUCUAUUGAAGAACAGCUAGCCCAUAUGAGCGAAGCGGUCAGGAAACUGACGAAGAUGGUCGAAGAGAAGGAUGCGCAGAUUGCUUCUCUCUUCAACAAGUGGGAAGCGCAUCAAGAUAAGGAGCCUGGUCAACACGUAAACAAGAAAGGACCACAUCAUGAGGCUGAAUCCAGCGAGAAAGGAUUGGGUCAUGAAACAGAGUCGAGUGAGAAGUCGCACGGAAAAGUUGACGUCGCCUCUGUGGGUUCUUUGUCGGUCCAACAACUUCAGAACAUGAUCAUGAACACUAUCAGGGUUCAAUACAGAGCACCUUCCCAAGACAUGCUCAUGUAUUCUAAGCCAUACACCAGGAGGAUAGACAACUUGCAGAUGCCGACAGGAUAUCAACCUCCCAAAUUCCAACAAUUCAAUGGAAAGGGCAACCCAAAAUAG